UAGUAGCGGUGUCCGGCCCCCCCUGACCUUCUAGAAUUCCCAGGAGAUUAACAUGACCAGUUACCGGAGUCCAAUAACUUCUCCGCGUUGGAGGUUUUUGCUCUGGGUGCUGACGCCUUAAAAGUCUCUCGUUCGCCUUUAUCUCCCCCGCGAAUUCUACCCCACAUUGUCAGAUUAAAAGGUCAAUUGCAUCGAUAAGAUCACGCAAGACAAGGGAAGACGCAAAUUCUCGGGCGGGAAGCUCUCCCACACGAAGCCGACACCAUGCGGCCACACACACCCUCUCUGGACACUGCUCACGUAGUAGCCGCGGCCGCAGGACCUACUUCACCGCCAGAGACGCCCACCACUGGAUCUCCCAAGGUCCACCGCAAAAAAGCAUCAUUAAACGGCCGCCCGCAGCGGCAUUCAAAGGCUCACAGCCGCCAAGAUCACCCAGCUAACAUCCGGCCGCUGGGUGGGACUAAAUUCAGCUAUACUCGAGCGCCGAGGCCCGAGGAGAUAUCACCUCGUUCCUCACAUUCAUCCGAUGAAGAAUCUGAUUCAUCUGCAAGCCCCCCGCAGUCGCCACUGUCGGACGUACCAAAGCUGCGCCACCAACACAUGGAGCAGGCAACUUUGAUCCAAAUCGAGCAAGCAACAUUUUCUAUCGAAGAGCUAAGCGAUGACUGUUCGCUUAACACCGAGUAUGACCAUCUGGACGUUAUUCGGCCGUAUGCUUUUGAGUAUGCGAAUUCGGAUCGGAGUCGGUCAAGAUCAAGAUCCCGACCCCGGCCUCCACCGGACAUGGAUCCGGCUGUGAUGGAAGGUAUCGAGAACUUAAACACUUUCGAAGACUCAGAUGGAGACAUCGACCGCGAUGAUGAAGAGUUCAUCCGGCAACUCCAAAAAACGCGCGAGGAACGCCGCCUUAGAAGGAUGAAGUCCGGAAGUCUCAGCAAGCGAACAGUAAGCGAGCGAGGCAGUGAUUCUGAUAGAGAGGACGUUCUUCCUUACUAUGAAGGGAACGAGACGGGCCCAACCCGUCGGAUGCGGCGAAAAGUUGGUGAUCGAAUUAGUAUCCAAUUCACGGGUCCGCUUCCCGAACGAAUUGAGGAGCUCAAAGAGCCGAACAGCGAUGACGAAAUCAUUUUAGAUGAUGCCGAGAUCUUCGCAAGAGAGCUACCAUAUUGGACUCUAAUGGACGUUGAUUCCGAAUAAGACCAACUUCAUACGUUACAAAAAUAUAGUGUCACAUUUGCUUCGAGGAGCAGAAAUUAGACCCAACCCGAUUCACUUGCAACAUUGAAACUUACGAUUAUAUGAUAUUUCACGAAUUUGGACGCAUUGAUGUUGACACCCCGCCAGUUGUCAUGGAACCUGACUGUUGCAACAGGCUUAGUGAACCAAAAGGAAAAAAAACCCCCAAGAAAAUGCUACAGCGAUUGGUUCGCGACGGGACCAGAUAAUUUAGGAAUCGUGGGAGUUAUCAUCGCAGCAAUUUGUAUUGAAAUUACUUGCAUAGAACAUUGGCUACAUGGCCUGGGAGACCAUUACGGAGGGCUCAGCUUUUUAUGUUGUUUAUUUCUCAUCUCGCUUUUAGAUACC